AUGGGAGAAAAAACUUGCCCGAGUAGUAGUAGUAGUAGUAGUAGCAGUAGUAGUAGCAGUAGUAGUAGCAGUAGCAGUAGCAGUAGCAGAUCACCGUCAGCUAGCAAACAUGCGAACCCCAUCGCCAUGUUAGAAAUGGAUGCGACCGAACUUGAAACCAAAUCACCAGAGCUCGACGCAUUGCCAGAAGAUGAUGGAGCAGCAGAACUGGCUCAAUCCGUCACAGGAGUUGUACCAGAACCAAGAAAUCCAGGGUGCAGCAUACUCAUUGCGGUCAUUCAGGUCAUUGAGCUCAUUCAGCUCAUUCAGCUCAUUCAGCUCAUCCAGCUCAGUCAGCUCAUUCAGCUCAGUCAGCUCAUUCAGCUCAGUCAGCUCAUUCAGCUCAGUCAGCUCAGUCAGUUCAGUCAGUUCAGUCAGUUCAGUCAGUUCAGUCAGUUCAGUCAGUUCAGUCAGUUCAGUCAGUUCAGUCAGUUCAGUCAGUUCAGUCAGUUCAGUCAGUUCAGUCAGUUCAGUCAGUUCAGUCAGUUCAGUCAGUUCAGUCAGUUCAGUCAGUUCAGUCAGUUCAGUCAGUUCAGUCAGUUCAGUCAGUUCAGUCAGUUCAGUCAGUUCAGUCAGUUCAGUCAGUUCAGUCAGUUCAGUCAGUUCAGUCAGUUCAGUCAGUUCAGUCAGUUCAGUCAGUUCAGUCAGUUCAGUCAGUUCAGUCAGUUCAGUCAGUUCAGUCAGUUCAGUCAGUUCAGUCAGUUCAGUCAGUUCAGUCAGUUCAGUCAGUUCAGUCAGUUCAGUCAGUUCAGUCAGUUCAGUCAGUUCAGUCAGUUCAGUCAGUUCAGUCAGUUCAGUCAGUUCAGUCAGUUCAGUCAGUUCAGUCAGUUCAGUCAGUUCAGUCAGUUCAGUCAGUUCAGUCAGUUCAGUCAGUUCAGUCAGUUCAGUCAGUUCAGUCAGUUCAGUCAGUUCAGUCAGUUCAGUCAGUUCAGUCAGUUCAGUCAGUUCAGUCAGUUCAGUCAGUUCAGUCAGUUCAGUCAGUUCAGUCAGUUCAGUCAGUUCAGUCAGUUCAGUCAGUUCAGUCAGUUCAGUCAGUUCAGUCAGUUCAGUCAGUUCAGUCAGUUCAGUCAGUUCAGUCAGUUCAGUCAGUUCAGUCAGUUCAGUCAGUUCAGUCAGUUCAGUCAGUUCAGUCAGUUCAGUCAGUUCAGUCAGUUCAGUCAGUUCAGUCAGUUCAGUCAGUUCAGUCAGUUCAGUCAGUUCAGUCAGUUCAGUCAGUUCAGUCAGUUCAGUCAGUUCAGUCAGUUCAGUCAGUUCAGUCAGUUCAGUCAGUUCAGUCAGUUCAGUCAGUUCAGUCAGUUCAGUCAGUUCAGUCAGUUCAGUCAGUUCAGUCAGUUCAGUCAGUUCAGUCAGUUCAGUCAGUUCAGUCAGUUCAUUCAGUUCAGUCAGUUCAGUCAGUUCAGUCAGUUCAGUCAGUUCAGUCAGUUCAGUCAGUUCAGUCAGUUCAGUCAGUUUAGUCAGUUCAGUUAG